UUUUUACAUGGACCCAUAUGUCAGCAGAGUUUCUCAAUCUGUCACUUUGCUAGGUGGAGUGCCUUUGACGGAGGAAAGAGAAGCUGGGCACAGCUACCAUGACUGUCCGACAACUCCUGUGAACCGACUUCCGAAGAAAGCGUCCCCCGUCAGCGUAUCGUUAUCACCUUUUAACCGUUGAACCGGCCAGGUCCUCUCUCCCGUUUUUUUUGACAACCGUGGAACAACACCCACGCGCCCGUGUCAGAAGUUGCAAUGCUAACUGCCGUUAGCUGCCGCCCCGUUACGUUGCUAUGUUUUCUCUGUGAGACUUGAAAACUGCCCGCGGGAACGAGCGCUUAUUUUACUGUAACGGAUAGUUUUUUUCUUUUUUUUUUCUUUUUUAAACUUCAAGGUUAUAGUGUCAUUUCGGCCGGGUUUUCUCGUUUUUACAAACGAAGCGUUUCAAACUGCCACAGACAUGGGACUACACCCGCUGGAGUUCAGCGAGUGCUAUCUGGACAGCCCGAGCUUCAGGGAGAAAAUUAAGUCACACGAAGCGGAGCUGGACAAAACCAACAGAUUCAUCAAAGAACUGUACAAAGAUGGAAAGAACCUCAUCAAUGCAACGAAGCAGCUUGGGAUGGCACAGAGAAAGUUUGCCCAGUGCCUGGGAGAGUUUCAGUUUGAGUACAUCGGCGAUGCCAAGACUGAUGAUGAGAAGUGCAUCGAUGAAUCUUUGCAAGAGUUCUCUUCAUUCCUUAAAAACCUCGAAGACCAAAGAGAGCUGAUGAUGAGAAACAUCACAGAAACAUUAAUGAAACCCCUGGAGAAGUUCAGGAAAGACCAGCUUGGUACAGUAAGGGCGGAGAGAAAGAAGUAUGAGAAAGAAACCGAAAAGUACUACAGCUCUCUGGAGAAGCUUCUGAAUAUGUCGGCGAAGAAGAAAGAGCCCCAGCUUCAAGAGGCUGACAGCCAGGUGGAAACCAUGAAGCUGCACUUUCAGGAGGAGUCGCUGACCUAUGUGUGCAAACUGCAGGAGAUACAGGAGAGAAAGAAGUUUGAGUGUGUGGAGCCGAUGCUGGCCUUCUUUCAGACGGUCUUCACCUUUUAUCACCAGGGCUUUGAGCUCGCCAAGGACUUUGACCACUAUAAAAAAGCACUGCAGAUCAAUAUUCAGAAUACAAGGAGUCGUUUUGAGGGCGCGCGGUCAGAGGUGUACGAUCUAAUGAAGAGGAUAAGGGAGGCCCCUCAAGAAUACAGACAGACCAGCCCCAUCAGUUGUGAAGGUUACCUCUAUGUACAAGAAAAACGGCCGCCUCCCUUCGGCUCAAGUUGGGUCAAGCGCUACAGCACGUAUGUCACAAAGCAGAAGAUUCUUCACAUGGUGACCUUUGACCACAGAUCCGGUGGCAAGAUAGGGGAGACAGAAUCCGUCACGCUCAAAUCCUGUCUCCGCAAGACGUUAGACGUGUUGGACAGGAGGUUCUGCUUAGAACUUGAAAUUACGGAUCGCCCUGGCACGGUGCUGACAGUACAGGCUAUGUCAGAGGAUGACCACAAGUUCUGGAUGCAGGCCAUGGAUGGGAAGGAAGCUUCUGGACCUUAUCUCGGGAGGACGUAUUCUAAAGAAAGAGGCAUUGAUGCUCAGCUGAAUAAUGUCGGUUUGAGUUUUAUGAAGAACGCCAUCAGCGCCAUAGAGACAAGAGGUAUUAAUGACCAAGGCCUGUACAGAGUUGUUGGGGUGAGCUCCAAGGUCCAGAAGCUCCUCUCAUUAAUGAUUGAUGAGGAGAGCAACGAAGUGGACCUGUCUACCAGCGAGGACUGGGAUGUGAAGACGGUAACGAGUACACUGAAGCUCUAUCUGAGGGCCUCCCCAGAGCCGCUGAUGACCUAUGGACUUUACAAAGAGUUUAUUUGCCUCGCCAAGUAAGGCGGCAGUCCAGAGUCCCGCAUCCAAGCCGUCCACUGCCUGGUCCACAAACUCCCGGAGAGGAAUCGACAGGUCCUCGGGCUGCUCAUGAAGCAUCUGGCCAAGGUGGCGGCUCACAGUAAACACAAUCUGAUGACCGUGGCCAACCUGGGCGUGGUGUUUGGCCCCACAUUAAUGAGGCCACAGGAGGAUACCGUCGCCGCCAUCAUGGAUUUGAAGUUCCAGAACAUUGUGGUGGAGAUCCUCAUAGAGCACGAUGAAAAGAUCUUCACCGAUGCUCCAGAGUCGUGCCCUCCUUCACCUCCGGCCCAAAUAGCGUCCGCUCCCACGAGGCAGUCCAAGAAGCAGAGUCGACAGAAUCGGCCACUGGCUGUCUACAAUCCACAAGCCCUAGACAUUCACAAUGCAGUGGCAGAUGGUUCCAGUCUCACUGCCGAUGAGACCUCGAUGGGCAGCAAUGAGUCCGUAUCGUCCCAGUCGUCGUCCGCGUCGGCCUCGGAGCUGCCAGCAGAGAAGAGUGACCACGUCUCACUCAGCGCCAGCCUCAGCUCAGGCAGCAACUCCAGGGCCCCUUUAGCAGGAGCCUCCUGUUCGGCUACCGGCGCCUCGGCCGAGACCCAAGCUGGCUCCACCGCAGCUGCCUCUGACGAGGAGAAGCCAGAGGAGAGUGUCACCAGCAGGAAAGCCAAGGCAGUGUACCCAUGUGAGGCUGAGCACGACUCUGAGCUCUCCUUCCAGGUCGGCGCAAUAUUCAACGGCGUGACCCAGUCGAGGGAGCCCGGCUGGCUGGAGGGCGAGCUGGAGGGAAAGCGGGGCCUCAUCCCUGAAAACUACGUGGAGAUGCUGUAGCCACAUACGGGGGACACUCAUGGACCCGCUAUCGCAUCCCACCUCUGAGACGCAAGUGCCUCAACUCUGACAUUCACCAAAGAGUCCAAAUAUUUAUCCAAAUCCCUGAGUCCUCUGAAGCAAGGGUCAUUCUGUCAUUCCCGGUGGAUCCCCGGUACACAUGCACUGCCAAGUAGACCUCCACGCCGCACGUUUCCCUGUUUGAAUUUAGCUCAGACUCCAAACGUCCGGGUCACUGUGUUGCAGCAGAAAAGCUCUCCCUCAGUUAUACAUGGUAUCCAUGAGCUCCCAAGUCCCAACGGCAUCCAACGGCGAUCCUCCCGACUGUGAGGAAGAACGGCAGCGCUCGAGUCACUCUGAUGCUCCAGCGGCUUCAGACCUCCUUGACAAUGAUGCACAGUUUUGUUUUUCAGCUUCUAGAAGGUUGGAGAUAUUUCACCUACCUUAGUCUUAGCCAUCAGUACACCUGGUGUAAAUGUGUGUGUGUGUCAAUGAAUGAGCGGUGUUACUGCUUUCACUUUUAAAAUGUUUCACUUUUUUUGGUCAUUUUAAGGAAUAUCUGGAUUUCCAAAGUGAGGCACAUCACCCGAUUUGAUUAUUUUAUUUAAUUGGCACAUUGAUUUUUCAUUACUUUUGAAUAUUAAAUACACGGUGUACUGUUUUGUUCUUGGUGCACUUUUACAGAAACACAACAAAACGACUAUUUGGCGACCGAUGGGCCUCUUGAGUUGAACACUAGUGUCAGACUGAGUCGGCAGAGGUGAAAUUAAAUACGUAGUAAGGAUUUAAACCAAGUGGGAGGGGGGGUUUUCGUGUCAAAUGAUCGGUUUUCAUUGCUUAUAUUUAACCUCGCUCAGUUUCCUUUUGAGCAGAGAAACGAGACACUCCUACAAAGCUGACAAAACUUUUAGCUUUGUUAUUUUUUAUCUCCAACAGCGGGAAAGUAAGUGAUUAGAAAUCCCAAGUUUUAUUGUCAGUAGGACCAGACAAUGCAGUAUUUUAAUGUGUCACAUCCGUUCAGUGUAUAUAACCUAAAUAUUGAAAGAGUUGCGAAUGCCAUGUAUGUUUUACGAGUCCCCGUUUAGUGGCGGACAAGUUCUAAUGUGGAUUGGUUUUUAGCACGCAGACACGUCCCAUUACAAUUCAUCCCACCGCUGCUCAACGGGACGCUUUAAUUCUUCUGAGAGCUUCAGUUCAGCAGCAGAUUUACGACGUUCUCAAAGGGCCGUGGCUUCUUUCACUUUCAUACCCUCGGGGUAUCCUCUUGAUCAAUGUUAAACAAAUAAAGAUUGUUUUUUUGUUCUUUACUGAAACCUGUAUUCUUACAAUAAAAUAAAUGUGAAUGAAAUGA